AUAGGCCCCUAUCGCGUAAAAUGAUCAGUUGUUGAUCAGCCCUGUAAUGUAACUAGUCCAAAAUGCUAAUCAAUUAAAGACGCCAAAUGUCCUGGUUGAAAUAAUAAUGACAGCUGAGCCAAGCAUAAUCAUCGAUAAAGGGCAGGAGUCAGAAUUAGAGUGCAGCGGAUACAAGCCGAAUAUAAUAAAGAAGGUGCUCGUCUGCCUUUUGGCUGUGCUAUCAUGUGGAUUCCUUCUGCUGGUCUUUUAUUGGAAAAGCGAUUGGCGGCUAAAGUGCACAUACUCACAAUGCCAGUUAAAUGAGGCUGAAGCUGUUUUGUUAAAGGAUAUAUACCAACGAAAGCAUGUGGCCUACAUUCAAACAGUGACCAAUAAUGUCAAUUCCGAAGAGCUAUAUGAAAUAACGAAAAGAAAAAUGACGAACAAUCUGAAGUUUUUUACAUUCCAAGAACUGAAGUACAUUUGGCACCCAGAUGAGAACAUAUUUUUACGCCUACGUGCACUGGACCAUGAAACAACGUGUUCCAAGAUUUACGGUUAUAGUGCACACGGCGGACUAUCUCCUUCAGCAAUACGCACAAGGGAGAUGCUGUAUGAAAAAAACAUUAUACAUGUUCCGAUACGACCAUAUCUUGUGUUGCUUGUACAAGAGAUUUUGAAUCCCUUCUAUGUAUUCCAACUAUUCAGCGUGACGGUGUGGAUCAUCGACGAAUACUAUUAUUACAGUUUCUGCAUCAUAGUUAUGUCAGUUGUUUCCAUAGCGAUAUCUUUAUACACAACACGAAAGGUAUAUGUUUGUUAUAUGUCAGAAAUAAUGAUUUGUUGGAACACAAUGGUUAAUCUCUUUACGUCAAUUUUGUACAGUUUAUGACCCGAAAGAAUUGCAUAUAAUUGCCAAAAUAGAAAUAAAUAUACAAUUCUAUUUUUCGAUGAUUAAGGAAUUCAAGACAUUUUAGAAAACGAACUAGUUCCAGGUGACGUCCUAAUUAUUCCUCCGCACGGCUGUCAAAUGACAUGUGACGCUGCCCUCAUACAAGGAAACUGCAUCGUUGACGAAAGCAUGCUAACAGGAGAGAGUAUUCCGGUUACCAAAAUUCCUUUACCAAAUGCAUCAGUUGAUAAUGAAGAGUCUGCUUUUCUGUCGAUAACCGAACACUCCAGACGCAUACUGUUUUGUGGGACCAAGGUAAUGCAGACGAGGUACUAUGGAGGCGAACACGUCAAAGCUGUUGUUAUUCAGACAGGUUUCUCAACAGCUAAGGGGAUGUUAAUACGCUCCAUACUGUACCCAAAACCGGCAGAAUUCAAAUUGUAUCGAGACGCUAUCAGGUUUAUCCUAACACUCGCAUCAGUCGCAUUCAUAGGUUUUCUGUACACAAUAUAUCAGCUGGUGAUUGCCGGGUUUCCUUUAGAACGCAUCAUCAUUCGAGCACUAGAUAUCAUCACGAUCGCCGUUCCUCCAGCACUUCCUGCUGCUUUGACCAUAGGAAUGGUGUACGCUCAGUAUAGGCUAAAAGAGAAACAGAUCUAUUGCAUAAGUCCCCAGAGGAUAAACUUUGGCGGAAUUCUUGAUAUCAUCUGUUUCGAUAAAACAGGCACACUGACAGAAGAUGGAUUAGACCUGAUGGGAGUACAGUUGGCAAUUAACUCUACGUUUGAUAAGCUACUGACAAACAUGGAGAGGUGUCCCAUUGGUCUGUUUAAAUAUUGCAUGGCAACUUGUCACUCUUUGACAACAGUCGAUUCAGAACUUGUCGGUGACCCGAUUGAUCUAAAAAUGUUUGAAGCUACCGGCUGGAUAUUAGAAGAAGCAACGGCAAUCGAAAGUGCUAAUCUAGACCAGAUUGUUCCAACCGUCGUAAAGUCGGUUAACGUCCUUGAAAAUUGUGAUCAUGAACUUGGAAUCUUACGUCAAUUUCCUUUUUCUUCGCGUCUUCAACGAAUGAGUGUUAUCACAAAGACACUGAAUAGCGACAGAAUGAUGGCCUUCGUUAAGGGGUCACCGGAAAUGAUAACAUCUUUGUGUAAAGAGGACACAAUACCACGUGAUUUCCUGGACAUUUUAUCCGAGUACACUAAGCAAGGGUUUCGUGUUCUGGCUUUGGCCUAUAAACCACUGGAUUCAAAUUUAAAGUGGCACAAAGCAAUGAAGGUAAAGCGAGACUUUGUGGAAAGUGACCUGUCGUUCCUAGGCCUACUGGUGAUGCAGAAUAAACUAAAACCACAGACGGAACCAGUGAUCGCAGAACUUCACAGAGCAAACAUUGACGCUGUAAUGAUUACAGGUAACUGACAUUUAGAAUUAUACAUCAAAU